AUGAGUCGUCAUCAUCAUCAAGCUGUGGAUAAUCUGAUAAACGUUUUCGCGAGAGCGUCUCAUGAUCUAAAUGAUGUCCAUUUCAAGCUCGACAAGGAAUUCCAGCAGAUUUAUCCAGAUAAUGCGAAUCCGAUGAAGCUUAUUCAGAGAAUUAAGAAGUUGCAGGAAGAUGUCACUCUCCUCAAAGACCAAUGCUUAGAGCUAUUGUCUGCUAAACAGGAUUUGAUUGACAAGGCACAGACGACACUUGUUGGAAACUACAACCUUAUUCAGAAAAUGAAUGCAUCGUUGGGAGAAACUACAAAUGGCGAUGCGGAUGAUGCACUGACUGAUUUUAACCAGAUCAUCGACGAGUGGACAAUGCAAGUUAGAUCGAGAACAGUGGAAGAGACAGAGGAGGCAGAUAAAGAAGACAUCAAUAAGCUACUUUUCUCAUCUAUUGUUCAUAGCAAUUGA